AUGGAAAAAAAGAAGAAGAGAGAAAUUGAGGGAUAUUAUACUGAACGACAUGAUGAAGGUUUGGCUGGAUUAUCAAACCUUUAUACAUACCUAAAGAUAGCAUUUUCAAAGAAAUCUCCAGCUGAGUUCUUUGCAGAUAACAAAAACAUUGCUGGUUUUGACAAUCCUGGGAAAUGUCUUUACACUACUGUGAGAGAACUUGUUGAGAAUGCACUUGAUUCUGCUGAAUCCAUCUCUGAACUUCCAGUUGUAGAGACAACCAUUGAAGAGAUUGGCAGAAGUAAAUUUAAUCCCAUGAUUGCUCUGGGGACCAUGAACGUGGAGAUGAAGCCCUAUAUGAUGAUUUUAAGACAGAAAAGGCUCUUGUGGUGUGUAACCAGCCAAUGAUUUACUUUCACUUAGAUGGCAUUGUGAUUUAUAUUUUAUGCUCACUGUUUGACAUUUAGUAAAUUUCAUUAGUGAAAUAUUUUUCUAGCAAAUUUCAUUAGAUGGCAUUGGGAUUCUUCUAAUUACUGUGUCUAGAAAAGACAUGCCAAGGAAGCUCGGGUUCUAGAGAUUCAAGCAAAGAAUGUUGCUCUUGGGAAGAAAGUAAAAGACCUGCAGCUACAAAGGCUGUUAAGGGUAGGGAGGCAUCAUAUUAUACGAUGACUU